AUGCGAAGGAAUGCUAGUAUACAACACCAAUCGGCGCUGUAUCAGUUCGCGUUUAGAACUUUCGUCUGUGCGCAUUUCGAGCACCGCUACCCUCCUUCUAGUCUAAUCGCCGGGCUGCUUUACGGCUUGCUUGGACACGACUCCUUUGCUGGCCACUUGUCCCUCGAUCUUUUCGACUGGAUCGAGUCAUAUGUCUUGUUCCUAGCGCAGCAGGACCAGAAGAAAGCCUCUCUCAAUGGAUUGCUUGCGAAGCUGAUGUCCGAUCUCGCGAACAAGUCGUUACCGAAUCACGGUGUUCUUGAACUAAUGAUUCCCCACAUCGACGAGUACAAGAGCUUCCACUCGGUCUCGAACCUCCUCGAAAGAUUACCAAAAAGCGGGACCAAGCUCUCCAACAUCAGGUUCCUCGAUGGCUAUGUCGACCAAGUCCUAGAAGAAGUGAGCAAGCAGCACGACUCCUCGCGUCUGGGCUACAACGCCCACGCCUUCCAAAGAUUCCUCGACGCUCACCGUGCCCUUCACGCAACUACAGUCGAACCCAAGACCCGCAUCGCCGAGCUCCAGUCGCGCCGCUUCUUCAACCAUAUCCUUGCCCGCGCCAACGACGCCCACAUCGUCCCUCUCGCCUAUCGCAACCUCACCCCGGACAUCCCCAGAGAAGUCCAGGCCGAUCUCAUCCACCAAUUCGCCCACCAGUACGCUCUGGACCGCACCCGCAGUUGCCAGCAGAACUGGCGCGCCAUCCGUUAUUUGUACCUCUAUCUAAAAAUCCACGAGCUGCCUAUCCAGCCACUGUUCACGCGCACCGUCGUCAGCGUAUGCAUCACAAGACCGCUCUCUGAGAACAAGUUCGUGGCGCAGAAAAAGGCGAUUUGGGUGUGUCGGCUGGUGGCGCAAGUAGAGGGCGUGGAGGCCGCGAGGCGCGUCGAGCAAUACUUUUGGGCGUGGCGCGGGGACCUGAUAUUGCAGGCAAAACGGGACCUGAUUGAGCUGGGGGAGUAUGGCUGGGCGCAUGUUAGCACGAUGGAGAGGCUGAAGCUGCUGAGCGGAAUUCGAGGAUAG